AUUAACCCUUUGAUUAAUUAUAGUGACCAAAAAUGGAAUUAAAUAUUAAACAUGGACUUUUUUAAUACUCACUACUCAGUGACGAACCUUGCAAUUUACCCUAAAACAAACUGAAUUGCUAUUUGUCGCCCUAAAUUUUUUUUAAAAUCGCCCUAAACCAUGACAAAUUGACGUUUAUACCCUUAACUCUAAUUUCCCUAAUCCCUACCACCUGUGUCGUCCCGCCAACUGCCGAUUUCCAACCACCGCUGCCGAUCUCCAAACCCGCCGCACCUCCAUUCCCCCAACCAACCGUCAUUCUAUUUGCUGGCUGCGAUUCCCCCCAAUUCGCUGACCUGCUCCUGUUGUCGAGGAAGAAGGAAGCAGAAGGAGGAAGCUGUUUUUUUAUAUAUAUUCCCAGCGGGCAGGUUGAAGCAGGUAAGAAGCCCCCUGUAAUUUUUAUAUUUUCUUCAUUUCUUUUAUUCGGUGGUGAUGGUGCACCAUUGAUUGGUGAAACAUUAAGCAAAAAUUCCGGUGUUGAUGACGAUAAUUGGUCCUCCGGUGAGGUUGUCAGACAAGUGGAUGUAUAUUUGUUUCAACUUUUAAGGUUAAGUGUUUGAAAAACAAAAGAUAAACUAGCGGCAUUGGAGUAAAUUUAAUAUAAUUAGGGCGACAAAUAAGGAUUUUUAGGGCGACGAAUAGCAAUCCCCAAAAUAAAAUAUCGCGAACACGUGUCAUUUCUCACUCCGCACCCAGUCCGCAUUCCGCAUUCCCCAGCCGCAGAAGCAAAUGCUGAAAGCCUGAAACACAGCCAACAGCACUGAGAAAGGAGGAAAAAAGCACUGCGAUCACUGGAACGUUCUUGCGGCCAGCCACUGACCAAGUCCCCCUCUCUCAAUCAACUUCUUCUUCUUCUUCCUCCAUUGCUCUACUGGUACGUUUCUUUUUGGUUGAUAAUGAUGUGUACUCGUACGUCUCUUUGCUAUUCGCUCGCGUUGCACUUCGUUGUGUUCUUUACCCUGGAGUGAUCCUUGAUUGUCCGUCUAAAUACGAUUGGACUUCAAGAUUCCCGCUCUCCUUGAUUUCUGGGCGGUGGGGUUUUGAUGGGCUAAUGGCUAUUAGCUAUGCUCAUAGAAUUGCCCGUUUACGUCGUCACAAUGUCCGGGAGAAAUUCGAAAUGGUUCUCUAUUUUAAUCGUAUCAAUGGCGGAGUACUGUUGCUAAAUGUCUGCCUGGACAUUGUCAGUCGGAUGUUGAGCACUUAUUGGUCGACAAUUACAAUGGUUAGCUGUUGCCAUUUGACUGAAGCAUACCGAGAACGGCCUGUUUCGCGCUACUGUCCGGGUCAGUACUGUGGGGCGGUUGGAACAUCUGGCCAAAGAAGGUGAUAGCCCUGUAGAGUCGUUCCCAUGGUUCGAUCCUUAGCGCUUGCAAUGGUCGUAGAAUGUGGUCCAUGUGCUCUGAGAUUGUAUCAGCGUCCUCAUGGUUUGUAAUGGACUAUCAAGUGCUGUAAGUGUCAACUUGCUUGGCCAGUUCAAGAUGAGCAAGCCAAAGUGGGAAUUGUUUCAUUGUUUUCUUAUUUCGAAUAAGAGAUCUUCUCGGGGCUGUUAGUGGCCGCUUUCUUGCAAACCCAGUCUUUCAAAUAGUAUAAAACCCCUGAGCUAGCCUUAUCCUUGUAGCCUCUUAAUAUAGUUAAUGUCAGAAUGAAUGAUUGAGAUCCUCUUAUUUGGGUAACGUGUUGAGGAAAACAUAGAUAUCACAGAUGAGCUAUGUGUCAUUUGAUAGCAUACUUUCCUCGUUAUGGUUACUUAAUUCAUCAUGCCUUUCCUUAACUAAAGUUAAUCUGGUUCCUGAUUUGGGUCUUCCUAUUUCUCUUCAGCUAGCAAGAUCAUAAAGAAUGGAAGCCUGUAUUGCAGGGUGUUGUAUGGGAAAGCAAGUGUCAUCGUUGUCAUGGAAGUCACGGAAUCCUUUUGUGGAAAGUGUUCAUAGAUUACCUUGCAAUAUUGGCUGGGGCACAAAGAUGAAGCACCCAGCAGGGCCCAAGCAUCUCUAUGUAGGCUCUACUGCAAAGCACAGGAAGGGUUUAGUAUCUUGGAGAAUCUUCACCGUGCCAGUUAGUUUGGAGAAGUCAUCGUCAUUGCAUGCAGAAGCAUCUGCGGAUUCCCAAGAUCAGUUGCAUGAUAAACCAUUGACUAGUGACCAGCUGAAGUUGCUGUUUGGGGAUCCAGAAAGAGCAAAGCUUGUCAAGAAACUAGGCGAAGCUAAUCAACAGAACCGAUUUCUAAAACGUCAGAUGAUGGUGAAUGAAGAAGCACUGCACAGCUUCAAAGCUGAACUUGCUGUAAUGGAACAAGAAACCCAGGCUCUGGUUGCACUGGCCGAAGAAAUAGCUCAAGCUGGCAUUCCUGCAGGUUCAAGAAAGAUAAAUGGGAAAUACAUCCAAUCCCACCUUGUUUCACGCUUACAAGGCUUGCAUGGAAAGUUGAAGGAACAAGUAAAGGACGUGGUUGCUGCCCAGUUAAAGGAGGUCUCCUUAUUCUGGUGCGGGAUGGCUGAGAGUGUGCAAGUAAUGGGUAGUUUUGAUGGUUGGAGCCAAGGGGAGCACUUAUCACCAGAGUAUGAUGGGUAUCUCACCAAAUUCACUACCACGUUAAUGCUCAGGCCUGGAAGGUAUGAAAUCAAGUUCUUGGUUGAUGGAGAAUGGAAGCUGUCCCAAGAAUAUCCUGCGGUUGGUGAAGGGCUCACUGAAAAUAACUUGUUAGUAGUUGAAUAGCUGCUAUAGCAUUGGAUGUCGUUGCUCAAACUGUCUUUGAGUUUCAUUCCCAUCUCGCAUGUGGUUUGGCUAUAAAUGCGUAGUAGCUCGUUGUCAUGUGAAGAUCGACGCACAGUUUGUGAACAGUAAAAUGUUUCAUAUUUCUACCAGCCGUUCUUGGUAACAUAUAGUAGGCCCACGACUUCACUUGUCCCUUAAGACUCGUAAAAUCUGUAAAAAGAUAUCCAACAAGCAACAACGACAACCUAUACACUUUGUUUGGGAAGAGGUUGGGUGUAAAUGGGACUAUGGGAGGGCUAAAAACAGUUUUCGACACAUUUGUAUCUGUUUGAAUAAUUUGUAAUAAUAGGGGUGCAAAACG